AGAUGCCACACGUGGACUCAAAAAAAAAAAAAAAAAAACCUAGAUGCCACACCCUAUCCCAGCCGCAGCCGCCGCCGCCGUCGCCGCCGCCGCCGCUGCAACCGCCGCCUUCGAUUCCGUGAAAUUGGAGGGGAAGACAAUUGGAUCUGUCUGCCGCAGGAGGAGUGGGGAGAAAUAGAAUGAAGGCGCGACAGUUCCUGAAUGUUGUGAUGGAGAGGUAUGGCACUGGCGGUGCCGGUGGCAGCUUGUAUACGGUCAGUCGCAUCAACGCCAAGGAACACCUCUUCUACCGAUCCACGGCCGAAGCACAGGCAGCAGAAAAAUCAAGGUUCGAUAUGGAGUGCAUCUGGCGAAUGCCUACGUCCAGGCUCAGGUUCGAAGCAUACCGCUCGGAUGACAAGAGGCUCAAUUUCCUGCCCUUCUAUGGACGACGCAGCGGCGGCGAUAGCAAGAUGCUCUGCAUGGACGCCGCUGGCCACACCGUGCUCUGUGAUGCCGCUGGCCUCUCUGUCAUGCCGGCUCCCUGCCUUAACGAACCCAAGGUUGACAGCCCUGUUUCUUUCUCCAUCACCCGCACCAACGUGGAAACCCCCAAUCGCGCCGAUGCUCUCUACGUCCUCGACAGAUUUGUCACGAGCCGCAACUCCUUCAACUUCGAGGCACUCAUGUUUGGCGAGAAGACCUGGGACUGGGUUCGGCUUCCACCGCCGCCCUAUGUCAACAACCCGGCCUACAACUCCACAUCCAUCCAGUCCUACACGCUCCUGGCUGAUGGCUCCACCAUUUGCAUCUCCUCCCCUCGGCACAGCCUCGUCGGCACCUACUGCUUCGACACGAUUAGCUGUAAGUGGAGCAAGGCUGGCCGCUGGGCGCUUCCCUUGUACGGCCGGGCUGAGCAUGUACCUGAGCUGGGCAACCUCUGGUUCGGCAUGGCCGACAACAGCCCCCACAAUUUUUCCGCAUUGGACCUCUCCAACCUAGACGGGGCUCCAAAGUUGCUUCAAGACUGGCAAGACCUUGACCCGCCUGAGGAUUGGGUGCAGAUGAGGUGCAGCCUGCUGUACCUGGGCGCGGGCAAGUUUUGCAUAACCAAAUUCUUCAACAUCGGGGACCCAGACACAGAGGACAACACAACCGCUGCUGUGCUCACCGGAGUGGAGGUGCUGUGUGGAGUUUCUGGUGGGGAGGUGGUGCACGGAGGAUCGUCCGAACUCCAGAUGAUCAAGCACAAGUCUUUUAUCAGCUAUGGCGGCAUCCAGUGCGUCCUCUGAAAUACGUACUAGGGAAGUCGUUAAAACGAGAGCAAAUGAAUUAUGAGCAUUUUAGAAGACGGCCGAGUGGUUGUUUUCGUUGCAGCUGUUUCCAUUGGAAGCCUUGUUCGUUUUGUGGAUCUAUUUUCCGCUGGGAUUGGGUUGAUCUCCACCAUUUCUUCUGCUAGAGAAAUAUAGUCCUAGCACUUUUAAACCA